AUUAAUUCUUAUGUCGAUUUCGUCUCGUUUUGCGAACGAUUUGCAUCUUUUUGCUAUUUGAUAAUAAGUGUACAAAAAUUAUUUAAACACCCCGAUGUCUUACUGCAAAAAAAAUAUCGAUGGAAUAUUAAUGUGUCGUAUGUUCCAAAUGUUUUUGUUGUCCUUUGUUGACUUUUAAAAUCAAGUGAAAUCUAAAAGGACUCUGUGAAAUGACGUGAUUAUUUUUAUUUAUUUAGUAAAAAGAAAAUGUUUCGUUUAUAAGUGUAUGUGAUUAAUUGCAAGAAUGAUGCAGCCAACAUCGGAGGGCUGUAUGAACAUUGCGGAGUUAGCGAACCAGCUACGUCGGGAGAAAAUUUUCAUUAAUUCAGAGCGACAGCUGCUUCAAAAUCUCAAUGAGGAAGUGGAGAAAACUGUGCAGGAACUGCUGCAGGCUGCAUGGAUAUGUUCUAUGCAACGACAGAACUUAACAAACCUUAUUUCAUCUCGAUGUGAGGCUGAAUCCAUAGCAGCCUGUCAGAGAGCAAGCUUACUUGAGAGCACAGUUUUUAUAGAUGCUUACAAGGUCUUGAGAUAUAAGGAAGCAACUGCAUUGGGUGAGCUUCUAGGAUGGCUUCGAGACACCCCCCAUCUUGUUGCAUUGAGCUUGAUGCUCGGAGAGGAUCAUAUGCCGCAGUCUCUGCCGUCAUUCCUUAUAGCAGGCCUUUAUGGCAGCUGCCGCUCAACUCCAGACAGAACGCGCUUGUUAGCUGUCAUACGCUCCUUGAUCAAACAUCAAAUGGCAACUUCAAGUGAUCCAAGAAAGUUGUUUCGCACGAGCAAGUGCGCGCUGGCGUCGGUGUGCUCGACGUUCCGCGACGGGCACGCGCCGGCGCGCCGCUUCCUCGCCGCUGCGCUGCACGCGCCCGUCAUGGCGGUGCUGCACGAGGACGAGUUCUUCCUCGAUAUAGACCCUGACAAGGCCAUGGAGAGAUUCUCAGCAUCAGAUCGUCUCAAGAAGUUCGGUCAGGUGAACAGCACUGAGUAUUCAGCGAAGGUGGCCAGAUACCGCAAGUGGACAGUCCAAUCGCUGUACAACCUGACCAGCAAGUUCAUCACCUCCCUAAAGGAGCAUUGGCCCAACUUCCCCGCAGCUAUUGCCUGGAUUGUGCAGCAGAUUGUACACCUAUUGAAGCAACAUUCUAGGACAAGUGAACGCGAGAUACAUGCUAUCUGUACCGAUCUGGUGCUGAGCCAGCUGAUCUGCCCGGCAGUGGUGAGCCCAGAGGCACAUGGUGUGGUGGAUGUGCCCGUCUCCUAUGUGGCACGCUUCAACCUGAUGCAAGUCGCACAGAUCCUGCAAGUGCUCUGCCUUAACUGUUACCAGGAGGUGGAUCCAAAAGUCCGUGAUUUGUAUACAAAGUUCGAUCGCAGCUGCGUUUCCUCGCUAAUAGAGAGUGUGAUGUCGGAGUCGUGUGCGCCCGCGCCCGCGCACGCGCAGGCGGACGCGUUACGUACGGAUGUACCGCCAAGGACCACUAUAGCGCUCUUCACACCACAUGAUGCGCAUUUACUGAUAACAUAUCUUAAACGAAUCUCAUCCAAGUUGAAUAAUAACACUCCGAGCAUUACAUCUGAAGAGUCCAAUAGCUCGGGACAGGUUGCAGAGGCCGCUGGAUUUAGUAGCGAGGGCAGCGAGAGCGAGGGCGCGGAGGGCGCGGCGCGGCUGGCGGCGCUCGUGCAGACGGUGGAGCCCAACUACCGCGCCCGCCUGCACGACCUGCUGCGCAAGGUGCCCGACCUGCAAGCACUGCUCGCCUGCAAAUCAUCAGAGCCAAAGGACACUGUAUCAGAGAACGGUCACAGCAGCAAGCGAGGUAUCCUGGCGAAGGUGUCGAAGCCGCGGCUGCCGCGCAGCGCCAGCUCCAGCUCGUCGCUGGAAGACAAGGCUCUGAAUGGUGAUAGGGAAGACCUGGAGGUGCCGGAAGUGCUAGUCAUCAAGCUCGCCAACACUGAGGAGAGUGAUUAUGUUGGCAUGAUGCCGGAGUCUAAAGUGCUGGAGUGCUACUACGUGGGGUCGGAGGCGGGCGAGGAGGACGGCGCCUCCGCCCUCGUCGCGCCCGGACAGACGCCCGUACAGAAACGUACCAGGUUCUCAGUGUCACACGAUGAGGUGUCUCUGGGCAACACGUCUGAUAACUUGGAGGCGGUGUCGGAGGCUGCCUCCAACCACAGCGUCACAUCCAGCUUAGAGUUAGAAACUGAAGACCAGAAUGACAACCUCUCGGAUAUGGUGUCAGCGAACGUGAGCGGGCGCGGCAGUCCUAAUAUAUCCGGCCGUGAGACGCCCUCCUCGCAGGUCACUGAUGGCGACGCCGCGGGGGACGCGCCCCCCAGACGGAUAUCUGCGAACGCUCCGGUCAGUGCUCAAGCGGCCAGCAACCAGGCCAAGCUUCUCAAGCAGACACGCAACGAUAUCGAGGAUAAGUUCUGCAAGUUUGAGAUCAAGAAGUUGCUGGAAGGCGAUGAGACGAUCAGUAUAAUGUCGGACACGUGGAGCACGGACGUGCUGGCCUCGGACUCCGAGACUAUCGGCGACUCCUGCGAACACACGCAGGUCGCUGCCAACCAGGGUGGCGGUGGGAACAGUACGACGGCGCCCGACGUCUCCGAGACUGCCAGCGAGUCUGCUUGGAGUAUGGAUGUGCUCGCCUCCGACAGCGACCGCAAUACUGAGGUGGACACUGACGACUGUGUGUCAGUAGCAGCGCGCUCUGAUACCUCGUGGCCGCGCAGACCCUCGCACCAGGAGGAGGUGAUGCGGCAGCCCCUGACACAGAACGGCACCAAAAGACCGGAUACCGGCAGUCCGCGACACACGUCUCGAUAUCUUCCUAAUAAUAGAUAUCUAAGCGCGACCGCGGCGCUGUCCCGCGGCGGCGAGCUGGACCUGGCGCCGCUCGCGCACGCCGCACACGCGCACGCAGCCUUCGUUGAGAACAGGAAGAGCAUACUAGUUAAUGGAUACCCAGUGAUGACAUGCUACGCGACGUCUGCCCCCGAGAGCCCCAGUACCUCUGCGCCUGCGCAGCUGCCCAGCGACGUGUUUGAUUUCCCUCAGAACGGAAACAGCGCACAAACCGAGUCCACGCUCGACGAUGCGACAGUCCAAUCGGAUGCAACGAGCCAAUGGGUGGAUGAUAGCUUCCCUCAGCCGAGCUCCUCGCGACCAUUCCCUGCCAAGUAUGACCUCCCCUCCACCUCCAAGCCCUACGACCAUCCCUCCACCUCCAAACCCUACGACCACCCUUCCACCUCCAAACCCUUCGACGACAACGAUCUAAUGGACAGAUCUCUCAACUCCAGCGACAGUUCCUUCAACGCUCUCUCCGUUUCUCAAUACGAUCGCCGAUUCGAUUCCGGUAUCGAUACCGAACGACCCGAAUCGGAAUCGAGAUCAACCAUAACCGAUUUGAUGACUCGAAUGAGUUCCGCGACCAUCUCUACGUCUGCAAACUUAGUCAACAAUUUGACGAACAGAAUCGUCAAAUCCGAGAUACGAACGAGUAUUGUGAAUAUAAGUUCUUCUCGUAUAGAGAGGAAGCGUGAUACAAGUAACAUGUCGCUGAGCACGCUGUCAGUGAACAGCGCGGAGACGUCAGUAUCUGACAGGAGUUCGAGUCAGGACGUCAAUUCUGACAAUGUGACGGAGCGCCGCGUCAGCCCACCGCCCGUCAAAAAUGUCUCCACUGGUGCUAUACCGAAAAGCAUCAGUUUUGAUGCCACCGCUGAGAAGUCGCAGAGACGUCGUGGUAGUGGCGAGGAUGGCUUAGCGGGAAACUUGGACGAGUUGAAGAACAAUGUGAAGCGCUCCGGUGGAAACCUGCUCCACAAGAUUAAGUUCUUCCGACCCAAGGGACGGUCUCAUCAUCACCAUAGCAACGAUAUAAAACUGGCGGAAGAAGAGUGUCGCAGUGACGAUGGUCGUGCGGAGCUGGAGGCAGGUGGGGACAGUUCGGAGGACAUCCUGGCCAAGUACAGACGCAAGGGCUCCGACAGCCGCGGGCGAAGGCCUGCUAGACGCAUGUCUGAUCUACCUGAUCCUGAUCUAGAUAGAUGCGAGGGCGUGGUGGACCUGAACGACCACGAGGUGUUCAACAGCAUGAAGCGGCGGCUGCGCGCCGUGCUCUCCAACACUGAUAUGCACUGCGUUGAAUACAUCCCCAACCGCUGUGCCGCAACAUCGCUGGUGGACUUUGUCCGCGCGGGGGGUUGCCCGGAGAGCGCGGCGGUGGGUCGCGCGCUGUCGGGGGGCGCGGUGGGUGCGGCGGGUGCGGGGGGCGCGGGCGCGCGCGCGGCGCGUCUAGCGGCGGCGCUGCGGGCGGACCUGGCGGCAAGGCGACCCUACGCAGCAUACCUCGCCUCUUGUAGGGCUGCGCUUGCGCACGCACAACAUGACCUGCGAGCUCAGAUAAAGUUAGUGAGGGAGGAGUGCUUGUCGUGCGCACGCGCAGCCGCCUCGGCGCGCGUACUGGAGCAAUUAGAGCGAGGAAACGCACUGCGCCGGCUCGCGCGACACCACCACGCUCACAACAACCACGCUAUACUCAACGGCGGCGAGCUGAUGGAUGAGAAAGCAAAAAGACUAACUGCCAGCAUCAGGGUGAUAACAGCCGAGGUGAAAGCGGAUCCCUCCUGGGAAGGUGCUUCAGGCGCGUUGAUGGAGACGCUGGAGGUGACGGUGGAGCGCGCCGCCUUCGCCCGCCUCUACCUGCACGUGCUCUUCCCCAACGGAGACGGAGACAUCGCGCGAGACCAAGUGCUGAGCGAGCACAUGCGGCGGCUGGCGGCGUGCACUAGCGCGCUGCGGGCGGGCGUGGCGCCGCGCCACCUGUGGGCCGCGCCCUACCCGCACGCGCAGCUGCAGCUGCGACACCUGCCCGUCUACCGUACGCCGCGCGACAAGAUAUCUUGCAUAAUGCGAUGCGUGUCCUCCAUCAUGUCGGUGCUGGCGCUGACUGACGGCAGCGCGCCCUCCGCAGACGACCUCACGCCAGUACUCGUCUACGUCAUACUCAAGGUGAACCCACCAUCGCUGCUAUCAACCAUCGAGCUGGUGAACGCGCUGGGCGGCUCGGCGCUGGCGGGCGAAGCCCUGUACUGGUGGACGCAGUUCUGCGCAGCCGUCGCCUACAUCAAGACCAUGGACUACGUGGGCGACUCCUAGCGCCGGCAAGCGCGCUUG